CGGCACCGCGGCAUGCACGCUUAUUUCUCUCACGUUGUGUAGUAUAUCUGCGGAUGUUUACAUCUGUCGAUUUUUUAAGAUCUGCACGUCGCGAUGGAUUCACCUACAACGACGAAUACUACAGCUGAGGAAAACACGCAGGAUAUUUUAAACACGAGCGAUGCAGAAGAAUACGAGAUGAUCGAGUCUGAUGAUCCAUCAGAUGUGGAGAGUAUCGCUUCCAGUGUGGAUUUAGAGGAAAUGAUCGUCGAUCCUGUGCUGGACAGUCUGGACUGUGAGCUUUCAGAUGCCAACGAUUCAUCAGAUGACGUCUUAAAUCCAGAGGUCACCCCACAAAAGAGGAAAAGACCUUUACCAGACGUGUUUUCAUCACCUGCCACUAUACCAAUUGUCAAAUGGAGAGGAAAGCGAAGUAGCCUGAACCGAUCCUUUCCAGAAUUCAAUUUAAACACCUCAGAUGAUAAGUGGAAAAGUGUAGAUGAACCCGAUACAGAAUCACAACAACCGGUCUUCAGACCCAUCCAAAAGCCUGGCCCACAGGUGGUCUGUAGCGCAUCAUGCAGACCUCUGCAAUAUUUUGAAUUAUUCUUUACUUCCUCGAUCAUUCAGACGAUUGUAGAUAACAGUAAUGCUUACGCAGCAAAUAUUUAUGGAGGUAAUAAAAAGAAGUGGUGUGACAUUUCUGUGCAGGAAUUCAAGUCGUUCCUUGCAAUGGUGAUCUACAUGGGUCUAGUAAAGUGCUGUUCACUAUCUGACUACUGGAAAACAUCCGACUUGUACAGACUGCCCCUACCUGCCCGAAUCAUGUCUGCUAGGAGAUUUUCGACUAUGUCCAGUGCUCUUCAUCUCAGUGAUCCCAAAGUAGACGAAGAGAAUGACCAGAAGAAAGGAAUGGAUGAAUAUGACCGUCUGUCUAGGAUCAAACCGCUGUAUGAGGACAUUAGAGAAGCCUGCAAGAGCUCCUUCCAGCCCUUUCAAAACAUCUCCAUCGAUGAGAGAAUGGUAGCAUCAAAGGCUAGAAGUGGACUUAAGCAAUAUAUGAAAAACAAACCAACGAAAUGGGGCUACAAACUGUAUGUACUGGCAGAUUCCAGCUCUGGCUACACAUGGGACUUCUUUGUUUAUGAAGGAAGGACGAUUUCAAAGCAAGGAAAGGGGAUUGGCUAUGAGUCUGUGAUGGCACUGGCGGAUGAAAAGUUGUUGGGCUCUGGAUACAAGCUGUAUGUUGACAACUUUUUCACCAGCCCCGCACUCUUCAGGGAUCUUCUCAGUAAGAAGAUUUAUGCUUGCGGGACCCUUCGAGCAAACAGGAUCGGUCACUCGAAAACGCCAGCUCCUCCUGGUAACAUACGCUGGUUCAGGGACGACAAACUCCUGUUCAUCGAGUGGAAAGACAGGAGAGACGUGCUGAUGUGCUCCACCUUUCAUAAAGUGUUCAGUGGUGACACAGUGAAAAGGAGGGUGAAGGGAAAACCCGGUGGUCGGACCAUUGAAGAUCUGCCGGUUCCUGCUGCAGUGUUGGACUACAAUAAGCACAUGGGUGGAGUCGAUCUGUCUGACGCGCUUAUCGGAUAUUACACAGUUCUGCAUAAAACUAGAAAGUGGUAUCGAUCCUUUUUUUACCACUUCGUGGACAUUGCUGUUGUAAACGCCUUCAUUUUACAUCAGCACACAGCCAGGCAGAGGAACCAAAAACCAAUGACCCAGAAGGAGUUUCGAGAAGCUCUCGUCUCAGACCUGGCCAAAACAGGACCUCUAUAUAAUGCUGCACAGCAUGAUUCUGAAGAAUUUCACCUGCCCAAGUACAUCAGCGGACACAGCAGGAUAGGAAGACGCCAAUGCAGAAUGUGCACCGGUAAAACUCCAGUCAUGUGUGUGAUGUGCGACGCGCCAUUGUGCUUUGUUCCCACACGUGAAUGCUUUAUUGACUUUCAUAAAUCCUACAAACCUCAAAAGCGUCAAGAUCAAAAGACCAAGGCUGUGUCGAAAGAAAAUAAAAAAUAAAAAUAGAGAAAAGCAACAUCUAGAAAAUCUUUUUUUGCUAGAGAGUAGUAAGGCACAAGGGUUUGUAAAUAAUGAUAACAUUUUUAUUUUUAGAUCAACUCUUUUUAGUACUAAUUCAGAAACUCAAACACCGGUGUGGA